GGUUUUAACAGAUACAUAUGUAUUGUCAUUGGAAGUUCAGCUACUACCUUUAUAAGAAAUGCGACAUACUUUGAUAAAAUGGUACAUUUCAAGCAGGCCAGGUUUCAGCGUAGCGGCGCAGCUUCCUUUGCUGAAGUCAGAGCGACAGUGGGUUCGUCCUCCGGCUACUAACACUCACCAUGGCGUCAACUGAGAUAGCAAGGCAAGCCGGUGAAGGAGUUCGGGCUGUGCCUCUGGCCGGCCAUGUUGGUUUUGAUAGCAUGCCUGACCAGUUGGUCAACAAGUCUGUCAACCGUGGCUUCUGCUUUAACAUCCUCUGCGUUGGUGAGACGGGCCUGGGGAAGUCCACUCUGAUGGACACCCUGUUCAACACCAAGUUUGAGGGAGAACCCACUCAGCACAACCAGCCCGGCGUCACGCUGAAGUCCAACACCUACGAACUCCAGGAGAGUAACGUGCGCCUCAAACUGACCGUUGUCAACACCGUGGGCUUCGGAGACCAGAUCAAUAAGGAGGACAGUUACAAAUCAAUCGUGGAGUUCAUUGAUACCCAGUUUGAAGCGUACCUACAGGAGGAGUUGAAAAUCAAGCGCACGCUACACAGCUACCACGACACCCGCAUCCACGCCUGCCUGUACUUCAUCGCUCCGACGGGACACUCUCUGAAAUCCCUGGACCUGGUGACCAUGAAGAAGCUUGAUAGCAAGGUCAACAUUGUCCCGAUUGUCGCCAAGUCAGACGCCAUCUCCAAGAGUGAACUGGCCAAGUUCAAAAUCAAAAUCACCAGUGAGCUGGUCAGCAAUGGAGUCCAGAUCUACCAGUUCCCCACUGAUGAUGAAUCCGUGGCGGAAAUCAACUCCACCAUGAACAGCCAUUUGCCCUUUGCUGUGGUGGGGAGCACAGAGGAAGUGAAGAUCGGGAAUAAGAUGGUGAAGGCCCGGCAGUACCCCUGGGGGACGGUGCAGGUGGAAAAUGAAAAUCACUGUGACUUUGUCAAACUGCGAGAAAUGCUCAUUAGAGUGAAUAUGGAGGACCUGCGAGAACAGACCCACACACGCCACUACGAGCUGUACCGUCGCUGCAAGCUCGAAGAGAUGGGCUUUAAAGAUACGGAUCCUGACAGCAAACCUUUCAGCCUGCAGGAGACAUACGAGGCAAAGCGGAACGAGUUCAUGGGUGAACUACAGAAGAAGGAAGAGGAAAUGAGACAAAUGUUUGUCCAACGAGUCAAAGAGAAGGAGGCUGAGCUCAAAGAAGCAGAGAAGGAGCUGCACGAGAAGUUUGACCGUCUGAAGAAACUUCAUCAGGACGAGAAGAAGAAACUGGAGGAGAAGAAGAAGUCCCUUGACGAUGAAGUGAACAUGUUCAAGCAGAAGAAAACGGCUGCAGAGCUCUUGCUGAACCAAGCCCAGCAAGCAGGGGGCUCUACCACGCUGAAGAGGGACAAAGAGAGAAAAAAUUAACUCCUCCCACACUUGCUGCAUGCUGCAUGAGGCACCUUGGUCUGCUGAGGAUUCCUGUAGAAACUCCCUUGUGGCAUUCCUGCUGUGAAUGAGCUUCCACCCCCAUCAUCUUACACAGCACCCCCUCCCUCACCUUCACCUGCUCUCACAUAUCCCAUAAUUCCACCCUCCACAUUCCCCUCCUGCUUUGUGGAAGAUGCUGGUCAUUGCUAUGAAUUUGACAUCACUGUUUUGUAUGACGUUAUCCUGAAUGAUGCUUGUUGAGUGGGUGUCGUACGAGCCAUCAUUCCGCGUGAGUCUGUUUUAUACAAAUCUACAAACUGCAUUCCAUUUUUUGUUUUGUACUCUUGUUUUCUUUUGCAUGAUGUGAGCUUUUGUUUUGUAAAUUAACUUACAUGACUACUGAUGUGAUGGGCAGAAAUGUGUUGGGGCUAAAGAGAAACAUCUAAGGCUGGGACUAAAAUAUUAAAAAAGAGCUUUUGGUUGAGUGUUUAAUAUUUUUAUUUCAUUCAUUUUAAAGACUCAGCAACAGUAGAAGAGCUCAAGCAAAAACAACUCUUGCAAUGUUUUUACAUUUUAAUACAAAAUAAAGAAAAAAAUAUAAUCUUGGUCCAAAAGGGGCCAGAUCGUGAAAAAUCUUACCUUUUAGGGCUUUUUACCAUGUAAUUAAAAAAAAAUACCCCCCAACCCGUUUUUGGCUGCAUUCGUGCAUUUUACUGUCUCAGCUACAAGUUUUCAGAUUCUGCGGUAGGACCUGCAGACACGAGGAUGGAAACUUAAGUGCGUCAUCAGGCCUUUCUCUUUCCUGAAGUCAGUCUCGGAUCUGAAACUCGCCUCCCCUGGAAGUAGGUCGCUAACGCCUACUUUCUCCGAGUUGCCAGCAGAGAUUGAUUUCAUCGCUGAAGUUGAGAAUGUUUUAUUCGGACCGUCCUUUCACAGAUGACCUCUUUAAGUCUCUACCGGUACCAGAGUGGAUAUUGUGACAAAGUGCUUCUGCGUUGGGGAUAAAACAGUGCUGUAAAAAGUGUGCAUCCCGUCCACAAAGACGCACGUGAUGGCCAAGCAUAGGACAUGUGUCUUUAUCGACUAUCGUUUUGUGACAGACUUAGUAGCUGAGUCUUUUGUACAUUUGUAAUCCAUCAAAUUUCUUUGCUUGGUUCUUUUUUAAACACAGCGUAGUAAAAGCUGUUUUUACAAAACAAUGCCAUCAAUUCGCUGCCGUAGACUUCUGUUUAUCUUGGACGUAACUUGCUUUUUUGCGAUUGAAGCCGUAAUCUUUACAUUUUUUUGACAAGCCGCUCCAAAAGGUGUCUGUCCCCCACAGUCCCUGUGCAGUCUCCAGGGAUCUGAGCUCCAGCUCUAACGGACAGAAGCUCCAUGAGUGCUGCAGUGCUGUAGUUUGCCGUCUCAGCUGAUUCUGAUAACAAAAGCAAAACUUUCGCCCGUGUUGACUCUUUCAGUAUAGUUGCUGGCCGAAGCUCGGCAUCAACUCCCUACGUCGUCAUGACACCUCCCUCUGUUGCUCCAAGGCGCAAUCGCCUUUUAUAAGGCAGGCCAUUACCACAAUAUUACUACCAAGCGAGAUGGAAUGAGUGCCGCAAAACUUGCGUAACGCCUUGCCGGCACGGCGCAUUUCCACAGCACACCUUUGCAGUAUUAUUACGCCGAUUUGCCGGCAUGGUGUGUCUUGUAAAAAGGUCUAAAGAUUUGAAAAUAGAAAAAAUGCUGCAAGUGCUGCAGGGGUGUAAGAAAUUUUAUCUGGUGCUCUCACUGGUGCUCUGGGCUCAAAAUGUUUGUAGGUUCUCUCACUUUCAUGUUAAGAAGGCUAAUCAGUGACACCUGCAAGUUUCGGCUAACACUGUAGCCUUCCUCAGAGCACCGCCGAUGUUGGUGGUCCUUUUCCGUUUCAUGGGAUAUCGUCAUCGGUGAGGAGGGUGGCGGCAGUGGAAGGCGACAUAGUCCUCUACUGCCCGCAGAUAAAUGGAGAGCGAAGUGACGCCACCAACAUCGGUGGUGCUCUGAGGAAGGUUACAGUGUUACAAACAAACAAAUCUUUACUAUGAUGUGUUUAGAAAUGAACAAAUCAAUGGGAUUUGGUGGUCUAGUGGUUAGAGUAAUUGGCAUGCUGUUUUUGCACCGGUUCGACUCCCAGUCUCUGCAGUAACUUUUUUAACUUGCCACUCUUCAGUUUUUAGCCCUUCGUUGGUAAACUGUUUAAAAUAGAAGGACUUUGUUCAUUUAGCCAGUGAGAGUCCAUGUGAGGUGAGCAGAGUAAAUCAACUAAAAUGCUUCUUGGAAAUGACUAAAUUCAAAGAUAUUUAAAGACAAAAUAUUUAGCUGAAAAUAUUCUAUUAAACUAAAAUCUGAAACAUGAAGUCUACUUCAGCUGGCUACAUAAAUUACUGUUGAGACUGAGUCGAACCGGCAUCAGCACAUGUUAAGACAAGAGGAAAGGCAGAUACUUUAACCACUGGACUACCAAGGUCAAUUCAACAGCAGGCUGUUGUAGGUGCAUUUUGUCAGAGCGAGCAUGGAUAUCAGCCCAGGCUGACAAAAAUAACACAUAUCUCAAUAGUGUCGAUGAUCAUUUUUUAAAUCAUCUAUUGUUCCUACAUUUGCUCUCAAAGGUUUAAAAUAGCAUGAUCUGGCUCCUUUAAAGACUGCAACAGUAGGAGUUCAGGCAAAACAUUUUUUACAUUUUCAAUAUAAAAUAAAGGAAAAAAAUUGGAAUUUAGUCUUAAAACUUAAAGUGUCAUCUAAUUAUUAAUUCAGACAUAACUAAUUCCUGAUGUUUACCUUUAGCCCAAUGCAUGAGUAGAUAUAAGCCUGAUCUUUUUACCACUUCUCCCAUACCUCAUUCACUGUCGUGUCAUAAUAUUGCUUGUAUUAGCUUUUAUAUUUGCACUUUGUUUUAUACCCAAAUGUGAUAUUUUUUCUACAUAUAUGUCAGUGCAAUUGUGACUUUCUUUUUUGUACUUUUCAUGAGGGCACAAUUGAAGUCAGAUCCUGAUGUGUCUGUUGUCCUGACAGGAACAGCUGUUAUUUGUAUCAGUUUUAGAAGAAAAUAAAGGGCAAUUUUUCCUAAAAAUGA